CACAACUUUAAAAAAAAAAAAACACUCCAUUUCCCUGGAAAUAUUUAUAACUAAAAUGGAUGUUAAUAAAACAGCUCGAAAUGGGUAUCGAUGGACGAACGAUAAGCACCUUCGGUUUUUGAAAUCCGUCGAGGCUUCGUUCGUAAAAACAAUGAUGGCGAAUGGUGAUAGUCGUAAUCUUCCUAUGGAUCGAGACGUGCCCGAUAGUUGUGAAUCGACGUUGGACGCGAAGGAAAUGACUAGUACUAAGAGACGUAAAAGGCAUUUUUCGACGGAUACUUUGGAGGCCAGCAUAAGCAUUGACCGAAAAGUAAGAAGAUUAAGCGAAUUCCACCCAUCCUCUCAUGAUGAUCAGGUAGUUCCGCAGAUUAAACACCUUAAAACCGAAGAUGAUGAUCAGAAUUGGACAAGUUCGCCAUGAACAAAAGAUGUUUAUGAUCUACGCAUGCAUUUUAGAUAUAGAGAAUUAGAGGAAAUGAUGCUAAUUAUUUUUAAGAGGCUAUGUAUGGUUUUAACAUAUAUUAGCUACGGGAUAUAUGCCUGUUUUACUAUCGAUUUAUUGGCGUCUAAGAAUUUAUAGAACCAAACUUCUUAGAUCUUUUGAUAAUUUACUACAACCACCUAGCUUUAAUAUCAAAGUUCUCGGUUUGCA